CUCCCUUUAUAAGGGAGCAACUUUCCCCUGAAAUUUCAGUAUGCUUCAUCUCCCACCAGACUGUCACAUCUCUCUAAUUAACAACUGAGCUCAUUUUGGACCUUUUUUUCUGGAAUUUGUUGAUGGCAUCAAAGAUGAAGGACAGGAAGAGAACUCCAAUUUCCCACAAAGUUAUCGAGAAAAGAAGGCGGGACCGCAUUAACCGCUGCCUAAACGAGCUGGGAAAAACAGUACCGAUGGCGCUGGCUAAACAGAACUCUGGAAAACUAGAAAAAGCUGAAAUCUUGGAAAUGACUGUUCAGUACCUGCGAGCUCUCCACUCGGCGGAUUUUCCCCGUGGGAGAGAAAAAGGCGAGCUGCUGGCUGAGUUUGCAAACUAUUUCCACUACGGAUACCAUGAGUGCAUGAAGAACCUGGUGCACUACCUGACCACGGAGGACAGAGCUGAGACCAAGGACAUCAAGUACGCGCGUAUCCUCGCUUUCUUACAGUCCAAGUCCCGCGCGGUCACCGAGCCCGUGUUCGGCUCUGUGGGCUCGGUGCCCGAACUACCCGACUACCUCGGCCAGCUGCACACUUCCCCCGAGCACCAGAGCCACAGUCCCUCGGACUCCGUGUUCCAGCAGAGCCCACCGGGACACUUUUCGUGGCACGGCUCCGGCCGCAGUCCGGGCAUUUCCUAUCCGGCGAUGCCGCUCUCUGCGCACACGCAGCAGCACGGAGGAUACUUAUCACCGGUGCAGGGACUCGAUCACCAUUAUUUCAACUUCAUAGGUCACACGCACCCAAACACGUUCAGUUUGCACAGCGCUCAGCAUGCCAUGUAAAACAAAUUAGCCUUAUUUUAACUUAUAUUUUUUAGAUCAUUUAUAUAUGUUGUGAAUAAAUACAUUAUCUUUCUCUAAAA